UUGUAACUUUUAUGUGGCGUUCGUCGGUAACGAUCAGCGGCGGUUUUAUUGUUGCCACGGGCACUUUAUAUAAAAUAUAUAACUUAAAUUGCGUUAGAAAUCAUCUUCAACUUCAGUUUAUUAAUAUUUCGUAUCCGUCAAAUUUGUAAAGCAAAAACAUGAGGGGUCGCGGUUCAUACAGGGGAUCAUCUCAGAGAGGCCAUGGCCGAGAAAAUAACCCACAAGGCGGUCCUUUAAUGACCAAUCAUCUAAGAGAAUUAGAUAUUGAGCUGGAGAUCUUGAAAAGGAAAAGGGAUAUGAUACAACAGGAGCAUGAGCUGCUUAAUAGGGAGCGACAAUUCAACUUAAAGAGGCAGUACCAACAAGAACCUUCUAGCUCCUAUAGCCAGAACUCUUACAGGCAGGACUAUGAUGAUAGUUCCAACUACUAUAGACCUCAGGGCACUAAACGCCAGGCUGUAGCGCCUCAGCCCCUUCGGCGAUACGAGCCGCCGCAAAGAGUCGAGCCAUGGGCGCAAAAUAGUGCCCCUCCCAAACCUAAAAACUACCAAAAUCCUAAACCGGCACUACAACCGCAACCGCUCCUCAGUCUUUACAUGGACCCGCAAAAACUCAAUUUCAAACCAUCCAAGCCCAAUAUCCCGAAUCGGCAGAACUCAAAGCCGCCUCCGAAAUCUUUGCCGCCGCGGAAAGAUUUCAAUCCGACUAAAGUUACCAAACCGAAACUGCGCACUACCUACAUACAGAAACCACAAACCGAGGCACCGGCUAAAAAGUUGCUCGUCGAUGACGAUCUGAUUUUGCAGCCCAAUGUGAAAGCGUCCCCUCAAAUGAACGGUCGCUUGGAAUUGGCUCUGGGUUCGAUCAUGAAAGAUAUAAAACAGUUCGAGCCGAGCGGAACGAACCCCUCCCUGACGUUCUUUGUCCUAAAAAUGAUUAAGAAGAUAAUCCGAGGUCGGAUCCGUGGGGUCAUGACUGGUAAGGUGGUCGGCAACGUGCAGGAUAUUGUUGAUACAUAUCGCAAAAAAUAUCCCAAAGACACCGACACCGAACUGUUUGAACUCGGCAAACAAGCUCACGACUACAACCUUGCCUCCUUGGGCGAAAAGUCCAACUUCGAAUCAGAGGAACCAAAGAAAUAUUUUAGGAUGAAUAUCACAAAAUUGCUCAGCAAGAAGUUGGAAGAAAUAUUUAAUCACGCGAAAGAUAUGUACGCAAAUAAAAACAAUCCGGCUGUAAUUAAGAAACUAAUGGAUAAUGUUGUUGAUAUAACGGAGAAGAAUGAAGACGAUCCAAAUGCAACCGCUCCAGUAGCAACAGAGAAAGAUAAUCUUGUGGUGGAAGAAAUUGAGAAAAAUAUAGCGAAAGCAGAGUCGUAUGCAAAGCUAAUGGAAGCUCUUAUUGAAGAGAAGUUGCCUAAACUGUUGCCUAGGUUCAAAUCAAACAUGUUAACAGUUUUAGACGUGGACAAGGAGUACUACGAUUCAAAAGCAAAAAUCGAAGAAGAGACAAUUAAAUUGGCCGUAAAAUUGAUGUCCAAUAAAAUUGACCUUACCAAGGCAGAUAAUAAAAAUAAAAAAAUCGAUACAGUGGUUAUCUGUGAUUCGCCCAAAGUUAUAGAUUUAUGUCAAGAAGAGGAAACAAAAAUAAAUGAUGCUGAGAAUACAGAAAAAUCGGUAGAUAAAGCAACACCAGUUGAUCAAAAUACAGAAAAAGUGGCCGCUGAUAAAUCUGCUCAACAGAUAACUAAAAGUAGCGCUUCUCCGGUACCCACUACGCCGUCAAAAAUUAUCGAUUAUCCGUACUUUGUGAAGCUUAUUGGUCGUCCUGAGUUACCAUCGCGCCAAGCCGUUUAUGAUUUCUUGGAGCAAUUCAAGCCAGCGAGUAUUAAGAAACAUAAGACUGUCAGUAAUUUGUUGGUGCUCGGCUUUAAUGAGAAAGAAGGCUUUGAUAAGAUACUGGAAGCAAGUGGUAAAACUAUUGGUACAAACACACUGAUCGCUAAGGCGAGUGAGAAAGUCGCUACAACACCACUCAACACUCCAGUGAGGAACGAAACUAACCAAAAUGUUGAUAAAGUAGAAAAAACUAAUAAAACUGAACCAGAUCAAAGCAAAGAUACAUCAAUUAACACAAGUGGUACCAGUUUACUUUCUUCCGAUUUGGAUGAACAAAUAACCAACUUACUAACAACAAUCCGACAAACAGCUGAUGAGCUCAAUACAUCUGAUAAUUCUAAGAAAGAUACAGAAUCUAUAGAUACGGAGGAAAAAGAAAAAGAUAAUAGUUGUGAUGCUGCAAUGUUAGAUGCACCUGAUGUACCUGCAAGUAAUGAUAAAGCUGUUCCUAUGGAACCUAUUGCUGAAGAAGAAGAAAAAACUGAAGACAAGGAAGAUGAAAAUAAAACAAUUGAAGAAAAAAAUACGCCAGACGAAAGUGAGGAACAAGAGCAGAAAAAAGUUGCGCCAAAUGACAAUAAUGAUGCAAAAACUGACGAAACAAGCAAAGACGACGCUUCGAGUGAUAAUGGCAAAAAUGGUGAUACUGUUAAAGAAGAAAUAAGCGAAGACAAAGAUCCUAAAAAUAGUUUGAAGAAUUCUGGUACAGCUACUCCUACUAGAGCAUCAGCAAGAUUGGCCACUGUUACACCAAGUUCGAUUAAAACUCGACGAGCUAGUCGAUUAGCGCUUAACAAUCCGUAGAAUACGUAAAAAGUGUAAUUACAUUGUAAUUUGUUUCAUUAUACACCUGAUUUUAAACCUGUGUUUAAAUAAAUAUAGGACUCCAUGAACUGACUUAUAUUUUUAUGUAGGAUUAGAUUAUUUUCGUCACAUUUUUAUGUAGGAUUAGAUUAUUUUCGUCGAACAUUUAUUUUAAUUAAAUUAUUCACCAAUUCCAUGUGAUCGCGACUUUUUUGAUUAUACAAUCUUUUUUAUUAUAUAAUAAACAAUGAAAAAUA